CAUAGUAUUAAUUUCGGCCUCCCAUAAAGAUUAAAUACUUGCGCAAAAGCAUGAACACGAAGAACAAAUCAGUUGCUGAAAAGCAUGGACACGAAGAACAAAUCACUUGCUGCCAGUUGAUCAGUUGAUGAUAGUUCUAGAAAGAGAAAUCGAAUAAAAUGAUGUGGGAAGCUGGUGGAUCAACCGCGUCGUCUUCAGCUGCCGGAGGAGCCGGCGGAAGCGGCGGCGGCGCCGGAGAUGGCGGUGGAUCAGGGAGGAGGAAGCCGUCCUGGAGGGAGAGAGAGAAUAAUCGGAGGAGAGAGAGGAGGAGGAGAGCUGUAGCAGCGAAGAUUUAUACUGGGUUAAGGGCGCAGGGGAAUUACAAUCUGCCCAAGCACUGCGACAACAAUGAAGUUCUGAAAGCUCUCUGCGCUGAGGCUGGCUGGACCGUUGAGCCUGAUGGCACUACUUAUCGCAAGGGAAGCAAGCCAAGCCCUAUGGAAAUCGGAGGCACUUCGAAUAACAUCACCCCGUGUUCUUCAAGAAACCCUAGUCCACCGUCUUCAUACUUUGCCAGCCCGAUUCCUUCUUAUCAACCAAGCCCGUCUUCCUCUUCCUUCCCAAGCCCGUCCCGUCAAGACGGGAACUCACUGUCCCACCCGUUCGCUUUCCUACUCAAUUCGAUUCCCAAUUCGCCCCUCCGUAUAUCCAGCAGCUGCCCCGUUACUCCACCUCUCUCCUCCCCGACUAGGCGGCAGCAAACUUUCAAUCUGGAGAAUCUUGCGACGGAGUAUUCCAUGACCGCCCUGAAUAUGCCCUUCUUCGCCUCUGCUCCGGCGAGCCCGACCCGGAACCAGCGUUUGUACACGCAGGCGACUAUUCCGGAAUGCGACGAGUCGGAAACUUCCACUGUCGAUUCUUGCCGGUGGAUGAACUUCCAAGCUGUGGUCCCCACUUCCCCUACUUUCAAUCUUGUGAAACGUGCGGCCGAGGUCGCUCCUUGUGAGGGUGACGUGUUGUUGUUGGAUAAGGGGAAGGGCAAGGAGUUUGACUUCGAGAGUAUGGCGGUCAAACCGUGGGAAGGGGAGAGGAUUCACGAGGUGGGAUUGGAUGAUCUCGAGCUCACACUUGGUAGUGGGAACAACUCUCGCAUUUGAGCCGUUUGAUUUUGAGCCGUUGAUCGAAUCGGAGUUGUCGUCAGUUUCUGUUUUCAGGUUUGGGUUAUUUUAUUCAGCUGUUUUCUCUUUACAUUAUUAUUUGAUUAUUGGCCCUGUUUUUUUAAUUGUUUGAAGGGGGUGUCUAUUUACAAAACAUUACAUGUAGAUAUUCUUUUUAGUUUCAUUUGUUCCAUUGUGAUCAAGAUUAUGUUGUUAAAACGUUGUAGAUUAGUGGGGAUCAAUUCAUUUCACAUUUGAGCUACUCCUACUUUAUGUUUUCUUCUUAAUCAAAGAUUGAUAGUUUGU